AGACAUGAUGAACAUUAAGCAUUUGCUGAUGCUGGCGAUGUGCCUGCUGGUGGUGCUGCUGCUGGUCACCCCCGGCAGUGGCCGUGCCGUUGUGCUGGAUCAGGAUACGGCUUCGUCAUCGGAGGGUGUGCGUGCGGACGGUGGAGGCCGUGCGAUAAGGCCCACGUUCGUCAAAAUCACGGCCGCACCGCCGGCACGUGUGGCACAGAUCCGCGGAACAACGGUAGAGCUGGAGUGUGAAAUUAUGGGCUCACCAACGCCCACCGUCCAGUGGGUACAUGGCAGUGGUCAAACGGCUGAUUGGGAAGAUAUCAGCGUCAACGUUAUCUCGGAGGACACCCCAACAUCGGUGGCACGCGUCGUAACGCGGCUAGUGAUCGACCGUACCUCACGUGCAUCCCAGUCCACCUUUACCUGCAUCGGUCGUGCCGCCGGGCAGGAAGUUAGCUCCUCGACCGUCGUUUACCACGUGGACAGCGUAUCGCAUCUGGGCAACUUUUCCGACAUGCCACUACUACGUCCCGCUGGGGCCGUCGAGUCAAUGUUCAAGAAUCUGAAGGGUGCACGCAUCACGCUACACUACAAGACACUGUUCGAGAACAUGGGCUCAACGGUGGUGUUACCGUGCAAGGCGAUCGGUCGACCGCUGCCAGAAAUUACCUGGCUGAAUGAGGAGGGCAACGUGGUCGGCAGCCUGCAGGAUCCACGAUUCCGCACCCUGCCAACCGGUGAGCUGAUCAUUACCGGGCUCCGGUGGGCCGACAUGGGAUCGUACACGUGCGUGGCGAAGAAUGUGCUGUCGAAGGAUGAAUCUGAAACGUUCGUUUACCCGAUACGACCGAACUAG